AUGUGGUAUACACAUGUCAAACUUAGUGUUUUGGGUGUAUUCGUACACGCAGUAUUACUUUAUUCAAUAUUCGACAUUUACUAUUCAUCACCAGUAGUCACUGGUCUUCACCCACAUUCUAUCACAAAUGGGAAAGGACUCGCUGAUCGACUGGUUAUCUUCUCGGCUGAUGGUUUACGAGCUGAUUCGUUUUUCAACCAUCCCGAAAAGUCGCCUUUUUUACAUGGAAUUAUUGAAUCGAAUAAAAGUUUUUGGGGUAUAAGUGUGAGCCAUGUUCCGACGGAAUCACGUCCUGGACAUGUGGCGAUGUUGGCGGGAUUCUUCGAAGAUGUGAGUGCUGUAACGCGUGGUUGGAAACAUAACCCUCUUCCAUUCGAUAGCAUUAUUAAUAGGUCUCGAGAAGCGUGGGCAUUUGGCAGUCCCGACAUUAUUUUGAUGUUCACAGAUAAGGUCGUUCAAGCGACUGCAACAGUUUAUUCUUCGUCAUUACAGGAUUUUCAAGAAAAUGAUGCUGCUCGGCUUGAUCGUUGGGUAUUUCAAAAAAUGGAAGAACUUUUAAAUACCAGUGAUAUGACCGUCAAGAAGCGCUUGUCCUCAGAUCGUCUAGUAUUUUUCUUACAUCUUUUGGGAAUUGACACAAAUGGACACGGUCAUAAACCAAUAUCUGAUAAGUACAUUGAUAAUAUUGCAAUUGUUGAUGCAGGCAUUUCAAGAAUGGUGCAACUUUUGGAUGAUUUCUUCGAUGACAAUAGAACAGCCUUCAUCUUUACCUCAGAUCACGGAAUGACUGAUUGGGGCUCACAUGGUGCAGGUACAAAGGCGGAAAUCAACACACCACUACUGAUUUGGGGUCCAGGUGUGCGUAGUAGUGCCAUAAAAAGUGAAAUCAAUCAAAUUGAUUUAUCGCCACUAAUGUCUGCUUUAUUGGGUUGCCCGAUUCCAAUGAACAGUUUUGGUUCUGUACCUUUGCACCUUUUAGAUGCAGCACCCAGAUAUAAGUUCCAAGUUGCUUAUGCUAACUUCAAACAGAUGUUGGAACAGUUCGUUGUGAAAAGAAGUGACAAAAAAACUCGCUCGCUGCCAUUUAUGUUUCGUGAUUUUCCUAAGCUCCAGUCAAAAGUACUAUCUACUAUUGAAAGUGAAAUCAAAAAAUUAGUUAAACAAAAUAGAUUUGACGUGGCGGCAACAGUGUGUAUGCAGUGGAUUCCAGUUAUUCGUGCUGGUUUAGUAUAUUUUCAUCGUUAUGAUCAAACACUGUUAGGAAUUUCCGUCGUUUACACUUUUAUCUCGUGGAUGCUAUGUGUUUAUUUCAUCACACUAAGGCGCUCUUCCAGAUUAUCACACAAUGUCGAUUCGUUGAAUUUAAGUAAUGAAAAGAUAUGUAUUGUUGGUGGAACUUUUGCUGUGUUAGUGUUAUACGGGUUACCCUUUGCUCAUGCUCUCUAUCUUACACUUCCUGUAUACCUAUCAUGUGUUUGUUAUAAUGCAUAUUACGGUAUAUUUAAUUCAAGUAUAAGAAAUUUAAUAUCAAAUUGGGAUAUCUUGGAACUACUUUCUGAACUGAAGAGAAAAUGGCUGCAGCUUUCUGUUUAUUGGCUUUUGCUACUUUCGUCAGUUGCCGUGAUCCUUUCGAUUAUCGUUUCUGCUUUCAUCCAUCGAUCAGUAGUGUCAGUAGAAUUUUUGAUAUUAGCGAUGUUUCCUUUCUUCAGACAUGAAAAGAACCGAGAUCUGGUGAAGUGGAAACGAGUGUGGUUAAUAUGUUGUCUCUGCAUUGCUAUCUACCCUCAGUUCCCAGUAGUCGGACAAACUCCGCUUCCCAUACUAUGUGCAUUAUCAUCUCUUUCUACCUCAUUACUGCUUUUAUGGAUUUCCACUUCAGUGCUUUCAUCAACGAAAAUAUUAUUUCGAUAUCAUUCGAUGUUGCAUCUAUUUGCUGCAGUUAUUGUGAUUUUUGUUGAUAUGUUCAAGGAUUACAAGCUCUUAUUAAUGCUUCUGCGUGCAAUCUGUUGGCUUGCAAUACCUGUAGCAGCAGUACUGCCCCUAUUCUCAUCGCAGUCGGUUAUUAUUCGCCUUAUAUCUUGGUUCUCAUCUCUUAUGUUACCAUACGCUUUGUUAAGUUUAUCAUACGAAUCGUCAUUCAUGCUUCUUCUAUUCAUUCUUCUUUGUACAUACGUCCGAUUGGAAUUUGGAAACUUACGUGAUGCUGAAUUUAAGUCUUUGUCGUUACUUAAUCGCGAAAACGUGACGGAAUCAAUAACUGUUGUUGACGGUACUAGUUUUAAUGAAUGGAUGCAAGGACUUAUUUUGGUUGUUCUCAUUGAGGCAGCAUUUUUUGGAACGGGUAAUAUUGCUUCUUUAAACAGUUUCAAUCCAACAUUCUUGCGGUGUUUUAUAUCCAUAUUCUCACCGUUCAUUAUGACAACCAUGCUCAUUUUUAAAAUAUCACUACCAAUUCUGGCGGUUGCUUUCACAUACGCUGUUAUUGUCCGUUUACGAAACAUCUCAAUUGCAAAGUUGUCAAUGAUUUUGCUAAUCAUUACUGACUCGAUGGCAAUGGUAUUCUUCUUCCGUUUGGUGGACGAAGGGAGUUGGCUUGAUAUUGGUACCAGCAUCAGUCAUUACCUCGUGUGUAUGUUGUUAACUGUUAUAGUCUAUGCUUUACUGAAUUUAACGGAGCAUUUGCUUCUGCUUUCGGUGAACGUCAUGUAUUUCGAAAAGGUGGUAUAUGAACGGAUAUGUUUGUAUUUCCCGCUUAUGAAGACAGUAAAAAGUGUGAUUUGA